AUGGCCGCUUCCCAAUUGAGGACAAUUGGCGCCUUUGCGCGCACCCUGCGCGUGGCGCCGCGCGCCUUCAGCACCUCCAGCCGAUACCUCGAGGCCGCCGCCAGCGUGCCCGCGACCGCGAAGACCGAGACGGCCGUCGAGGAGGCCCGUGAGAUUGGCCAGGCGCCGAACCGAGUGGACGUCUGGUCCCGGAGCCAGAAGCCGCGGACGACGGCCAUGACGGGGCCGCGAUUCGAGCAGACGGACUUUGACCUGCAGCCUCAACCCCUGUCCGCGAUGGAGAUGGUUCACAAGGUGCCCGUCCAGUGGACGCACAGCCGAGUCGUCGCGUGCGAGGGCGGUGGCGGCCCGGCCGGCCACCCCCGGAUCUUCAUCAACACCGACAAGCCCGAGAUUGCCGUCUGCAACUACUGCGGCACUCCUUUCGCCAACGAGCACCACCGCAAGCACCUCGAGGCCCUGCCCGAGACCUCAUACCCGCUGUAA